AUUGAGGGCCAGUACUCAGAUCAUUAAAAUUUUUUGUCGACGAGAGGUACAUCGUGACCAUCAUCGAUAUCCUAGUGCAGUCUAUCGGUUUGCAGCGGACUCGUUUAAAGCGAACAUUGACAAAAAUACACAUUAAAUAAUGGAACUUGUUGAUAUGUUCGAUCUCGCAAGCAGUCAUCCGAUUCUGGCCACCGUCACAGUUUUUGCCGGCACCGUUUUAGCCUCGGAGCUGCUUUGGAAAGCAAUCAAAUACGUACGCGGGCAUAAGCGACGCCUCCGAGUCCACGAGGUUCUCUUCUUCAACGAGCUGGGAGAAAUUUGUUUCGAGCAGCAUCGAGGCAAGUCCUCGACAGCUGUUGACUGCGGAAACAAUCACUGCAGCCUGAGAAAGUUGGAUAAGAUUGCUGCGCUAAUGGAUGAGGCCCAAUACUCCAUUGAUAUAGCCAUAUACACAUUCACUUCCAAAGUUUUAUGGGAGGCCCUGAAGCGAGCGCUUCAGCGAGGAGUGUCAAUUCGCGUGAUCAGCGAUCGCGAAAUGGUCUAUUCUACUAAAUCACAGAUCCUGAAUAUGGCUGCCUUCGGUGUACCCGUGCGCGGCCCAUUCACAACUACUCUCAUUAUGCAUCACAAGUUCUGCGUGAUCGAUGGCAAGACUCGGGUGCAAGAGAUUCUGCAGCUGAAGCAACGUAAAUGGCCACGACCGUACGAAAGUGUCCUGAUAAGCGGCUCCGUCAACUGGACAUAUAAUGGAUUCUGUGGCAAUUACGAGAACUGUACGAUCAGCUCAGACGAGGUUAUGACUUGUCAAUUCCAGGAGGAGUUCAACCGCAUGUGGAUGGGCUUUGCGGCGUCGGCGGAUAAGUUACUACAAGGCUCAGUCCAGAAGAGCAGCGUCUAAAGUAUCGACAACUACAUGGAUUCUCUUAUCUGAUAAUUAUCAAUUGUUCCUUAUAUUUUGUUAAGCCCCUACGUUAAGUUUAAGCCCUUACGACUACAAUUCAUGUAUAAACUAUUUGGCUUGUUGUUU